AUGGAUUUCUAUAACGAUUCUAAUUUUUCUGUCGGAGACAGUAAUUCAACAACAACAGCUGUAGAUGGGGCCCUUCAUUGCAGUGUCAUCCUCCCUGUCAUCUUUGGCAUCAUCUGUUUUCUGGGUAUUAUGGGGAACUGUAUUGUCUUGUACACCAUCAUGAAGAAGACCAAGUGCCGUGCCAAGCAAACUGUUCCGGACAUCUUUAUCUUAAAUGUGUCAAUUGUUGAUCUCCUAUUUCUUCUUGGGAUGCCAUUCCUCAUCCACCAGUUGCUGGGCAACGGUACCUGGCACUUUGGAGCCACAAUGUGUACGGUCAUCACUGCGCUUGACUCCAAUAGCCAGAUCGUCAGUACUUACAUCCUCAUUGCAAUGACUCUCGACCGUUACUUGGCUACAGUCCAUCCCAUCCGCUUCAACUAUGUUCGCACACCCUGUGUGGCAGUGUUGGUCAUUGGCCUGGUAUGGGGUCUGUCCUUACUCACAAUCAUUCCUGUGUGGAUGUACGCAGGCCUCAUGCCUCUUCCAGAUGGCCUGGUGGCAUGUGCACUCCUCCUGCCUGACCCAGUUACUGAUACAUAUUGGUUUACACUUUACCAGUUCUUCUUGGCUUUUGCUAUACCCUUGGUUAUCAUCUGCCUGGUGUUUUUCAAAAUCCUCCAACACAUGUCCACCAGUGUGGCACCACUGCCUCCAAGGAGCUUAAGGGUGCGCACCAGGAAGGUGACCCGAAUGGCAGUGGCCAUCUGCCUGGCUUUCUUUAUUUGCUGGGCUCCUUACUACAUCCUCCAGCUGGUCCACCUAGGGGUGCAGAAGCCAAGCCUUGCUUUCUCUUAUGCGUACAACAUAGCCAUUAGCAUGGGCUACGCUAACAGCUGCAUCAACCCAUUCCUCUACAUCAUCCUUAGUGAGACCUUCAAGAGGCAGUUUCUCAGGGCUGUACGCCCGGUUAAUAGAAAAUUCCGCAUGAACCCGAGCACCACUGAUGGUGGCAGCAUGAGUGUGAGAAUGGUAUCUGAGGCAGCUCAGCAGGAGCCAGGUUCUGGGGAGAUGAUACCGUCCAACGUGGCCCCACAAUAA